GGCAUCAGGGAAUCACUUCACAAUUUAGUAAGGAAGAAAACUAUCCGGUGCUUUGUCGGCUGGAAUCACUUACUCCAAAAUGCCUACCAUUGCCGUUAAUAAGGAAGAGUUGUUCACGUCACUUGGAAAGACGUACACAUUUGAAGAAUUCAAUGAGCUCUGUUUUGAGUUUGGUUUGGAGGCUGAAGAGCCGGAGGAGGAAGAACUUAAACAAAAUCCAGAGCUGGCAUCAGAAUUCAAGGUGGACAUACCAGCCAACAGAUAUGACUUACUGUGUAUUGAAGGAUUGACUCGAGCGCUUAAAGUUUUCCUUGAAAAAAUAAAGGCUCCUAGGUAUGAAGCAUUGGAACCAAGUGCUGACAAGUUACAGGAACUUAUUGUACUACCGUCUACAGCCCAGGUCCGUCCAUUUGCUGUAGCUGCUGUCCUUAGAAACAUCACCUUCACUCCAAAAAGAUACAAAAGCUUCAUUAAUCUCCAAGAUAAAUUACAUCAGAAUCUGUGCAGGAGAAGAACUCUGGUUGCUAUAGGAACUCAUGACCUUGACACAUUACAGGGACCAUUUCUGUAUGAUGCCCGGCCUCCAGCAGACAUUAAAUUUAAAGCUCUAAAUCAGGAAAGAGAGAUGACGGCUCCUGAACUGAUGGACCAUUAUUCGAGUGACAAUCAUUUGAAGCAGUUUCUGCCAAUAAUUCAGGACAAACCGGUUUAUCCCGUCAUCUACGACCAGAAUGGCGUUGUCCUGUCUAUGCCACCAAUCAUUAAUGGAGAUCACAGUAAGAUCACAUGUAACACUCGGAAUGUGUUCAUAGAGUGUACCGCCACGGACUUGACAAAGGCCAAGAUGGUCAUUGACACUCUGGUCGCUAUGUUUUGUGAAUACUGUGAUCGACCCUUCACAGUAGAGAAGGCCAAGGUGACAAUGCCAGAUGGAACCUCUGCUUUCUACCCUGAGCUUGGAUACAGGAUGGAGGAUGUGAACGUGGACAUUAUCAAUCGUAAUGUCGGAAUUAAAAUAACUCCAGAGGAAACUGCACGCUUACUGACACGGAUGUGUCUGGCGGCCGAGGUCACGGAUGGCGGAGCACAAGUGAGGGUCGAGGUCCCUCCCACUCGUCAAGAUGUCAUUCAUGCCUGUGAUGUAGUUGAGGAUGUUGCAAUAUCCUAUGGUUUUAACAACAUCAAAAAGACUAUUCCAAAGACCAACACAGUAGCUAAUCAGUUACCCAUCAACAAACUAACAGAUUUGCUACGACUAGAAAUGUCAGCCGCUGGCUUCACAGAAGUCCUUACAUUUGCUUUGUGCUCAAGGAGUGAUGUGUCGGACAAGCUACGGAAACCCAUAGAAGAGGCCAAUGCUGUACACAUCGCAAACCCAAAGACUUUUGAGUUCCAGAUUGCUAGAACCUGUCUGCUGCCCGGCGUGCUGAAGACCAUUGGUAAUAACAAAUCCAUGCCCCUACCCCUCCGCCUGUUCGAGAUCUCUGAUGUUGUGUACCAAGAUAAAACAAAAGAUGUCGGAGCCAGGAAUGACCGACGACUGUGUCUAGUCAACUACAACAAGUCCUCUGGGUUUGAGAUUGUGAAAGGGAUGCUUGACCGUGUGAUGCAGCUCUUAGAGGUUCCCAUGACAAAUGACAACAAUGGCUACCACAUCCGAGAGAGUCCAGAUCCUACAUAUUUCCCUGGGAGGAGUGCUGAGAUUGUUCUUCGAGGAAAAAAGAUAGGUCACAUCGGUGUCCUUCAUCCUGAGGUUAUCACGAAGUUUGAGCUCACUAACCCCUGUGCUGCCCUCGAAAUCACCAUAGAACCCUUCCUAUGAUGGUGUACAUCAGUAAUUUUAUCAUGGACAACCUUGAAAAAUACUGCAAAAUGCUGAAAAAGUCUCAGUCUUUUAUACCUCUUAUGGAUUCUGUUUUAGAAAUUACAGUUUGAUGAAUACACAACCAAAAUACAGGUGUUUUGCGAUAUUAUGAUUACUUGCGGUGUUGAUAAACUGCCUUAUAAGGUCAGUGUUGUUUUGAGAAGUAUCGUUACGAGGACAAUGUUGUUAUGAGGACUGUUGUAUUGGGGACAGUGUUGUGUUAUGAACUGUGCCAUUAUGAAGACAACAUAGUUGUGCGAGCUGUGUCAUUACCAGGACAAUGUCAUUAUGAGAACAGAGUUUGGUCCCUUUACAAUGAUGACAGAACACCACUUGCUUGACCAGUGCAAUAUAACUUGGUUGAUUUAUAAUGGCUGCAGGGUCAACGAGGAUGCGGUAGUCAGACUACUAGUUAAGGUCAAUGUUAAGCAUUUAUUACGUAAGAAGAGAUGACAGGUUAUUGGUAUGCUGAGGAACAUGAAAAGUAAACAAGAUCAGCAUCUUAAGACAAAACUCAGCUUCAAGAUUUAAGAAAAUUUAUAAGACGUCUUCUCUGAAUGUUAACAGUCUGUGACUCACGCUGCUGUGAUUGUGUGGGAUGUUAACACUAAGUCUGUGACUCACGCUGCUGUGAUUGUGUGGGAUGUUAACACUAAGUCUGUGACUCACGCUGCUGUGAUUGUGUGGGAUGUUAACACUAAGUCUGUGACUCACGCUGCUGUGAUUGUGUGGGAUGUUAACACUAAGUCUGUGACUCACGCUGCUGUGAUUGUGUGGGAUGAGUGGGUAGCAUCCUCACAGGGAAGAUUAUACAUGUUUAGGUUUUAUUUCAUGAGUAUAAUACAAUGUAAUUACAAACACUGUAUAAGCACAUUCUGUCUAAUAGAUUAGAAUCUUCUAGUUAAAUGCACUAUGAUCUCUCUUCAUAACAUUGCUUUUUGUCUACGUAACAAAUUUUUAAUUAAAACUAUAAAAUUACACUGCCACAAAGCAUGUCGGAUAGAGUGUUAGGGUUCAUUAUUGUGUAAAACAUAUAGUCCACCAUCACUGAGGUUGUAAACACAUCAUUAGACCUAUUGGCACCACUUCUCCUGUUAUUGAGAUGUCGCAGGAUAUUUAUGUCUCUAGGCUGUCAUAUUGAUCAAACAUUUCUUGACCUCGUAUCAAAAUAUCAACAGGUAGUUGAACUAGAAAUGCUGUGUGAAGAUGCUCUUCACAAGCUGUGUGGUAUGGUUAUGAAAUACCAGAAUUUUUCUGCAGAAAGCAUGCCAGUUUUUUAACAGUAUCUUUUGGGAUCAAUUUCUACUACAGGUACUUUAUUUUGAUCUAUACUGCAUUAUUGCAUUAGUAGAUUCUCACAACUUGUUAAAGACUUUAGUUAUAGAUGUGUUAAGGGACAAUGACUGAUAUCUCACACCUGGUGGAUCCAGAGAAAUGGUUGGUGAUACUGUCAUUCUCCUGCCCACCUGUCAUCUCAGGAUUAUACCACACCAAGUAGUUGUUACAUCACCUGUGUGAUGAAUUAGUGAUAACAAAGCCAUGUGUCGUCAGACCAGAUUGUCCUUUCAAUAUCCUGUUGACUAAGGGCCCAUAUUCAUAUGGAGGACAUAGAUAGGCCAGUUACCUGUGGUGUUCACUUUUCAUUGUCCUAACGACAAGCGACCUAUAUUCACGUGGAGAGCACAGGUAGGACAGGCCAAUGGUUGUUGGAGAAUUACCAGCUGUUGUUAUAGAAGAAGCAUACAACAAGUGGGCUUAUUGUAGAAUUAUAUUAGUAUUCCAGGUAACAGUUAACAUGACCUGUUUUUUCUGUCUGACUGUAAAAGUGAGAAUGUCUUUGGUUCGUGAGUAAUUUCUUGGACUAGAGAAAUUCCUUAGUUGCCUGUGCUAUUUAUUUGUGCUAUUUAAUAAAAUGUACACCAUGUAAUAAAUCUUAUGAUACAUGUA